AUGGUGUGCGCUUCAUGGACCAUGAGGCAGCCAGCAUUUGGCAGUAUGUCUUUCCGGCUUCUCGGUUGGGGAGAUUGGGGAGUGCGAUGUGCCUCGGACUGUUGGCAAGUGAGCUCUCAUGGUCGGGUUUCGAAUACCACCGGCAAAGUUCAUAAUGGAUACCUUACCUGCUCCGGGUAUCGCAAGGCGCGUAUUGGCGGCAAACUCUACAAUGUGCAUCGCCUAGUGGCUGCAGCUUUUUUGGGUCCUCCAGCAGAUCCGAACUGUUGGCAGGUAAAUCACCUGGACGGUGACCCUUCGAACAACCACCUGUCCAACCUGCAGUAUGUGACGCCAGCGGAGAAUCAGAGGCAUUCUUGGGCAACCAACCUGGGUCGGCAGACCGCUGCGGCCAAGCUGGGCCGUCCAAUCGUAUGGCGGCCCUGUGGUGAAGAGACUUGGUCAAUUUGUUCCUCUCAUCGGGAAGCCGAAAGGCUGCUGGGUGUUUCGACGGGCUCUGUCUCAAGGUGCCUCAAUGGUUUCGCCAGAAGGGCCUCUGGAAAUGGUGUUUGGUACGAAUUCAACGCAGCCCCGUCAGAUGAGGAAAGCCCGCUCCCUGCUGAGAUCUGGCAGGCUGGACGAUAUCCUGGAGAGCCUGACAUCAUCCCAAAUCUUAUGGUUAGCAACCACGGCCGGAUCUCGCAAGCCCGUGUCGGAACUGCGAGCCGCGGUACUCGCCUCAGAAAUGGCUACUAUGCCUUUGUAAGAGCCUACAGGUAUAUGCUUGUGCACCGUGCAGUUGCUGCGACAUUUCUGGGUCAGCCAGACACUGCAGACACCCAGGUCAACCACAAAGAUCUCAAUCGAGGGAACAACCGCCUGGAAAACUUAGAAUACGUCACUGCGGCGCAGAACUCGAAGCACUCUUGGCAAAUGAGGCCAAGGGAUAUGCGCAAGCCCUUCGUUGGAAAGGAAGUGCAAGCCUGCUGUAUUGCAUCCGACUCGUCUACACGGCCCUGGCUGGACUUUGAUUCAAUCUCCGCUGCGGCGAGACAUACGGGGAUUUCCAAAGACAGAAUUGCACGCAUCUGCAAGGGACUUGGCCGUAGUGCCUCCUGGCAUUUCAGGUUUGCUCCAAAAGAGCUCAUUCCCGGCGAGGAGUGGCGGGCCGUGGUUCUCGAAGGGGCGCGAAGAUCCCCCUGCUAG